GAGUACUGGUAGUGCCACUUGUAAAAUUGGGAGCUUUCGCAUAAACAGCUAUGCGUAUCGAAAAGUGCUAUUUCUGUUCCACAAAUGUAUACCCUGGUCAUGGGAGUGCUUUUGUCCGGAACGACGCCAAAGUAUUUCGAUUUUGCACAUCAAAAUGUCACAAAAACUUCAGGAUGAAGCGUAAUCCACGAAAAGUGAGAUGGACAAAAGCGUUCCGAAAGGCAGCUGGGAAGGAGAUGACUAUCGAUUCUACGAUCGAAUUUGAGAAGCGUAGAAAUGUACCAGUACGCUACAACAGAGAAUUGGUACAGACCACGAUCAAAGCCAUGAAACGCAUCGGAGAGGUUCGACAGCGGAGAGAACAUGCAUUCUGGAAACACAGGAUGGCUGUCGCUCGAGAAAAACAUCGCGCACAUCGCAAGAAGAUAUCCGAGGUCAAAUCCUCUGUUAAGCUCCUCGAGCCUAUGUCAGUCGAAUCGGCAGAGGCAGAAAAAUCUAUGGAUAAAAUCAAGGUGCCCGUUCUAGCCAGAAACAAAGCAAGAAGUGCACUAGUACAAGGCGAGGGUCGAUCGAUGGGCAUGGAGAUAGACUAAUUCCCUUCACUUAUCAUCUUCCGUAAGAGAUUGUAUCGAUUAGGCCUGUUUUUACAGUAACGGCGUACACAUUGUUAAGGGCAUGUCAGUAAUAUCACGUGUUUGUACUGAUCAUCGCGUGGAUUGCAGACCAAACGUCGGAAACGAGCUUAGAAGUACCUCUUUGGAUAACUUUGAUUGGUUACGAAUUCAUAAACAUUGCGUUACUGAUUACAUGUUGUAAGCUUUUUAACUGGGCUUUCUGGAUAUUUGUAACAUUUAUUUACUACUCUCAGUGCAAGCUAUUCUACUCAAGCAUGGACCUA